AAAGAUAAAUGUAAUAUGCCACUUCAGUUUCUUUCUUUUUUUUCUGCAUUUGCCUAUAUUCAAUUGAAUAAAAUAUUAUUUAUAAAUGGUAUUCAAUAUUAGGGUCUAUUUCUAAGUAGUCAAGAAAUAGAUUGAGGACCAUAGUUCUAUCAGACAUUCGGAAUACCGACAGAUUUCGCAGAUUUUCCAUAACCUAUAAUUUAAUAAAAAAUAAUCAUGGGAAUUUUAGAGAAAAUUGCGGAAAUUGAAAGGGAAAUUUCCAGGACUCAGAAAAAUAAAGCAACUGAAUACCAUUUGGGGCUGUUAAAGGCAAAAUUAGCCAAGUACCGAUCUCAACUGUUAGAACCUUCUAAAAAGUCUGAGAAAGGUGAAGGAUUCGAUGUACUGAAAAGUGGUGAUGCAAGAGUUGCCUUGAUAGGAUUUCCAUCUGUGGGAAAAUCUACUCUACUAUCAACAUUGACUAAGACUGAAAGCGAGGCUGCUUCCUAUGAAUUCACAACAUUGACAUGUAUACCCGGUGUAAUAGAUUACAAUGGAGCAAAUAUUCAACUUCUAGAUUUACCAGGUAUUAUUGAAGGAGCUGCUCAAGGAAAAGGAAGAGGAAGACAAGUAAUAGCAGUUGCUAGAACUGCAGAUUUAGUUCUUAUGAUGCUUGAUGCUACCAAAAAAGAUGUACAUAGGGAACUAUUGGAAAAAGAAUUAGAAAGUGUUGGUAUUAGGUUGAAUAAAAGAAAACCAAAUAUUUACUUUAAGCUUAAAAAAGGGGGAGGGCUUUCUUUCAAUUCAACUUGCCCAUUGACUAAAGUGGAUGAAAAAUUGGUGCAAAUGAUUUUACACGAAUACAAAAUGUUCAAUGCAGAAGUUCUAUUCAGGGAAGAUUGCUCUGCAGAUGAAUUAAUUGAUGUUAUUUGUGCUAAUCGUGUUUACCUCCCAUGUUUAUAUGUCUAUAACAAAAUUGAUCAGAUUUCAAUUGAAGAAGUGGAUAGAAUUGCUCGAACACCUAAUAGUGUUGUUGUUAGUUGUAAUAUGAAACUAAAUCUUGAUUAUCUUCUGCUGACACUUUGGGAGUACUUGAACCUUAUCCGUGUCUACACCAAGAAACCUGGUCAACCACCUGAUUUUUCUGAUGGAUUGAUCUUACGUAAAGGCGUUACUGUGGAACAUGUAUGCCAUUCCAUUCAUCGUACUUUGGCUCAAGAUUUCAAAUAUGCUCUUGUUUGGGGAACAAGCACAAAGUAUUCUCCUCAGAGGGUAGGAGCUUCACAUACGAUGCAUGAUGAAGAUGUAAUUCAAAUAGUUAAAAAAUAAUGUAAUCUAGCUUCUUAGGCAAUCGAUUUUAUGAUAUUUUUAUAAAAUAUAAGUUGAAAUAAAAUGAAAAUAAUCA